AUGGCCAUGGUUUUGACAGCACAGUCAAACGUGUCAAUCGAGGCCAUCAAUUCGUCGCUGUACUACUUGCACGCCGCAACUGAAGAGGACGAGAAUGUCUUGCGAUCGAUAGAGUCCGAACUAGAGCAACAGACUCCAGAUGGGCCCGGUGCGUCAGGCCUCCCAAGCGAGACUAUAUCCCGGUUGAAUGACUUCCACCGAAAGCCCGUUGGCGGCGAGGACUCUGGUCUUCCUCCACCUCCACCGCCACCACCGCAUCGAGACGGCGUAGCCAAUUCUGGUGUCAGAGGAGGACUGCAACAAUCGACCCAUGAUCAUCAUGAUCCUAGCUCACCCCUGGCCCGUCUUAGACGGGACGGCCAGUUUACCAUACCCAGACGCCCUGUCUCGUCCUCGGGGAGUUCUCCUACCACAGCGAACAUGUCGCACAUUAGCAGCCAGAGAUUCUCCUACGACGACGCAAACCAUCGGACGCAGCAACAUUUGCUUCCUGAGAGAUCCUGGUCAAAUCACUCCGAGACUACGAAAUCGUCCCAGACGAGCGCAGCGCCUCCAUCUUUUCGCGUCACUCUCAUCCGUCGCGAUACGGCGUCUGGCAACCAAUGGAACGUCGGCACCAUAUCCAGCUCCAGUGCAGAUCAAGGUGUGAUUCAUAUUGAGAUCUCGAAUCCUGGCUACGGAAAAUUCAUCGGUAAUGCGCUGCCUCUUUCUACGGCUACCACGGGCCAAAGUGCGGCCGAAAUCUUGCAGCAGUUGGCGCAAAAAGUCCAGCAUGAGGAGGACAACGAUGCCGCGGGGAAAAGAGCGUUCCUCCGAGAUGUCGUUCCAAUCAAACAUCACCACCGUCAUAAUCAUUCCUCAUCGGGGUCCUUGUUCAAUCGAAGCCCAGACACUUCGAAGCUGGCGAAUGCGAUAUCUGCUAAGAUGAGUCGGGGUUACUACUCAUUCCAGUCGCCAUGGAACGGGACGUGCUCUUUCGUCGCCAGUAUCAACGGGGGCGGUCUCAAAUGCAAGCAUGUCAUUCCCGGCCCGGCAAUGAGCAUGGACGGGCGCGGGCACAGCGACGAAGUGACCGUUUCCGAGCUGCGAUACAACAUCCCGUUCCCGCUUGAACAGACAUCGCGACCUUCUUCGAUGGCGAGUCUGGAUGGCGGCAAGGAGAAGGGAAAGCGUGCAGCGCUGGGGCAGCUGAUCACAGCCAACCUCGAAAAGGUGCAACAACGUGCCCGAGCACAUUCUGCUGCUGCUGACGAGGAUCGCUUGGAUCUGUCGCUCGCCCGAGAGGCUGGCGGUGGCGGGAUGAGUGGGAAAAGCGCGAAACUGGGCAAGCUGGUCAUCUUGGACGAGGGCAUCAAGAUGCUCGACCUGGUGGUUGCGGCGUCGAUGGGGGUUUGGUGGCGCACCAGCUACGAGCCCUCUGCCAGGAACUACUAG